UCAGAUUAAAUUACAUUUUAUUUUUGAUAAAGCUUUAUUUAUCCUGUGCCAUUUUCAAAGACUUUUCUGUUUGUUAAAUUUUGAUCAUUAUUUAUUAUUUGUUAUCAUUUACAACGGUUAAUUCUCACUUUAUUAAAUCUAUAAAACUUACAACUGUGUUUUCAUUUAGCGUUGACCAUAGUUCAGAAAUCCCCUUACCUGGGUUGAUCAUUGAUAACUGGAGAUAGUUUACUCCUUUAAGCCGAGUUGGCUAGUAACUUUGGUAAUUUAUACACUGAAGAGUUCUACUUCCGGUUACAUAAUUUUUGGUGCCGUGACCAGGAUUUCUGAAUAGAAACCAUGGCUUCGCUAAAUUCAGGUUCAGAUAGAGUAGGAAGAGCUACAUCAACCCCUAGAGUUGAUAGGUUAAGUUCUAGUCAAGGUGCUAGACCUAAGCUUAUGUCAAGAGUCAAACAGCCCUCUUUGUCCUCUCCUGUGAGUGAGAUUGAGAUGCAUGAGAGUAAACUAGAUACUAGCAUGAGUGUACAGGUUUCAGAUUUAGAACAACUGUUGCAGGACCUCACUACAGACUAUGAGAAAUGUAAGCAUGAGAUUGAGGAAACUCUUCGACGCAAACGUCGUGUGUCAUUUGCUGAAGGUAAUGAUAGGGGCAGGCAAGCAAGUCAGAAUGAAGUUGUAAGAGAGACAGUGACACCCUUAGCUAGAGUGAGAGAAACAGAGAGUUUGAGUACCUCACCUGCACAAAUAAACUUUGCACAGAGAGACAGAAGUGAGAAUCUCAGUAGGUCACAGACAAAUAUGUCUACACUGCCCAGUACCCCUGUAAAUCUUGGUAGACCUAAACGUAGAGAAAAAGAACCAGACAAGUUUGAUGGUAGAAAUGUAGCAUGGCAGGAUUACUUAGUUCAUUUUGAGCAAGUGUCUAAUUGGAACAAUUGGUCUCAUGAAGAAAAGUCCCAGCAGCUAGUUAUGUCAUUAAGGGGGGAGGCACAGAAAAUUCUAGGUGACCUUUCUCAAGAACAGAGAAAAGAUUAUGACAACUUAACAUCUAUCUUAUCUAGUAGGUUUUGUCCGAAAGAACUUGUAGUUGCACAUAGGGUAGACUUUAGGUCACGUCUUAGAAAACAGAAUGAAAGCCCUUCAGAUUAUGGUUUUGCGCUUAGGAGGUUAGGAAACUUAGCUUUUCCAGAUAUGGCUUAUUCUGAUAGGGAGAUAGUUGUUUUAGAGCAGUUUAUGAGUGGAAUUGGGAAUUCAGAAAUUAGAUCUCAUGUCAUUUUACAUCAUCCUAAGACUUUAGAGAGUGCCAUUUCAUUAGCAACAGAAUUUGAGGCAGUUAAGGGGCCACAACUCUCCAUCACUAAGCCAAGUGUAAAUAGUGUUAGGACAGAUAAUGAAACUACACCUGUAAAGACCCCUGAUGAGUUAUCAAGUUUAGUUCAAACUCUAGAGAAAUGUGUUAACAAAAUGGCCAAUAGUUAUAGGGGUGGUAAAAAACAAACAGGGAAAGUCAUAGAGUGUUACAAAUGUCAUCAGUUAGGACACACAGCCAGAUACUGUCAUACACAAAACAAUAGUGAUAGGGUAGAUAAAGAUAAGACACCCCCUUCUCACACACCAUCAGUUAGGGAUAAGGAAAACUUCCCGGGGUUACAUUCGAAGCCCACAGUGUGACCCAAGAUUCUGUUGAUAGUAGGGCUACUCAGAAGUUAAGAGUUAGUUUGCUUCAGAAGUCAUGUUUAAGUGUAGGCUGUACUGUAGGAGAACAUGUAAAUAAGUUUUUAGUCGACACUGGUUCUCAGGCUUGUUUGAUAGGCAAAGAUGUUUUCAUGUCUUUUGAGAAUAGACCCCCUUUGAAACCUUGUGUUUUGUCAUUAACCACAGCAGAUGGUAGUGCUAUGAAAGUUUUAGGGAAAGUUGACUUAGAGUUUAGGAUAGGAGAUAAUUUGUUUUGUCAUGAGUUUAUUGUUACUGAGUUAGGAGACUUGUGUGGAAUCCUUGGGAUGGAUUUCUUGGAGAACAAUGAUGUGACAAUUCAGGUUUCUAGGUGUCUCAUGUUGAUAGGUGGUCAGCAUAUUCAG